UCUUAUUCUAUUAGCUAAGCUAAAUAAUUUGCUUAGUCUUGUCUUGUUUUUACACCCCUUUAGUUUAAGAAAGGUAUAACAAAAACUGAGAAAAGGUACCAUUAAAAUAUAUUCGUAAACGUCUCUUCCGUGGCUAACUCAGCUAGUUGUAAAAGCGCCACCUAUCCGCGAGUAGCUAGUUCCGUUAUCUACCAAUAGAUGUCUGAGAACGGUGCUGUAAGCGCUACAACAAGCAACGUGAAACUUCAUUGUUUUAAAGAGUUUGGUUUUGUACAUUUGUUUAAAUAGUAUUUCGUGUAAGUUAUUUCUAAAGCAUUUUAAAUUGAUAUACGCUAAGGUAAAUAGGUUAAAAGUAAUAAUUAUGUAUAAAUAUUAUUAAAUGCAUGUUUUACUUCUUAGUCCUAAUCACGUGAGAAGAAUCCAACAGAAACACAAAGAGGCCAAAUAAAAAAGCAUAGAUAAAGCCAGAAGAAAACAAAGAAAAAAUUCCAAACACGAAAAUCUGAUGUAAUGAGCUGUCAAAUACAAAAUUUUGAUCACCUAACUCUUCAGACAUCAUAAUAUUUUUUUCGGUAAUUAAAAACAGGAAAAUGACAAAUCCAGUGUGUGGGUGUGCGUAGUGGGUGUUUAGUUUUGACCAGGUUGUUUUGUAAGUGGUGAAAUGGUUCGGUGGAGGUAUUGCGUUGUGCUGGCAAUGCUGCUGCUUCUGCCGGCGAAAACCGGCUCAAAAUUAGACGAAGAGGAAGACGAAGAUAAUAGAUACAACCUUCAACUUUCAAGUAGAAGGGGAGAUGAGGGUGAAGAAGAUGAUGAUGAUGACGAAGAAGAGGAAGAUGAUGAUCCCGGCGCAGCAGACAAGGGAGAGAGAGUGACAGUGAUGAGGCGACCGCCGCCCAUCGUCCCGACGCCAAAGGCAAUCACAGUGACGCGGACGGUGAAGAAACGGCCCCUCGAGUGUUAUGUGUGUGCUUAUAAGGCGGAGACGCCGUUGAGAGCAUGCUUGGAUCCUACUAAAUACAGAGUACACACGAUAACGUGUCACAGUGCAGAGGACAAAUGUUUCACAUCGGUGAUAUCAAAGGGCACGUCGUACGAAGCGGUUGUGCGAGGCUGUCGAUCCGGCUGCGUCGGAUCACCGGAGACGACAUGCUGCGAGUUAAACCGUUGCAAUAACCAGGCGUUUGCGAUGCCUGUCAUAGCGCCACGCUCGUUAACCGCAGCCAGCAAGUCCACUAAAUCGAUACCACCCACAAUACUCUUCUUCGUCACUGUUCUGCUGGUACUGCAGACUGUUGUCAAAGUAGCCUUCGUAUAAACCGAGACGCCCUGCCAUGAGCCACCCAACACACUCUUGCGGACAUCCCCGUCUUCAAAAUUUUCAACAUUCUAUUUAUUUUUGGCUUCUAAUAAAGGUUGAUCAAGUUUGUUAAAGCCCUUGCCAAUUAUCCUCUUGAUAUCAUUUGUACGCACUAUCUCCAACAUUUUUCCUGUUCCCAUUUUGCCACGUGCUUCGGUUUUGGAUUGCUGUAGGAUAUGGGAGAUCUCAUGGCGGGGGCUGACGUAAACAUUCAGCUUAUCGUAUAAGAUUAACUAUCAUCAUCAAGUCUCGUGUGAAAUCAUGGUUUUGAGAAAUUUACGAAGUACAAGCAUAGGAUUGUGUGAGUCGACGUGAAAUUUGUGGUGAAUAUAUUUUAUGCUGUUUUUGUAAAGUGAAAUAUAUUUUUUGAAGUUUGUAUUAAAUUUUUACUGACA